AUGUAUCCCUCCACAUUCAACUACGAACCCAUCAGCAUGCCGCAGUACGCCUACGGCACGCCCUACCACUCCCGCAACGACCGGCAGUACCUCCAGACCCUUGCGGAGGAAGCAGCCGCUCGCAGACAGUACGAGCAGGCCCUCCGCGAGCAAGAGGAGGCCCGGACCCGCGCCGCUCGCGCUCGUCUCGCUCGACAGACCUUUGGAAACCCUUCCUACGACUCGUAUCUCGACGACGACAACGACGACGAAUAUGACUACGGCCUUGGUCCCAGCUCCCGCACAGCCCGCAGUGGCUACUCCGCGUACCCUGGGCACUCGUACCUCACACCUCAAGAACAGCAUGCGUUAAUUCAAGAGCGCCAGCGCAUGGAGCAGCAGAGGCGCGAGCAGCGGCGGCGCAUAGAGGCUAUCGAGCGCGAGCGAGAGAUGGAAAGGCAGCGGACUAGGGUGCUGGAGGAGGAGAGGAAGAGGAGGUUGUUGGAAGAGGAGAGGAGGCGCAGGAUCAUGCUCGAGGAGGAGGAGCGCCAGCGCAGGAGAGAGGAAGAGAGACGUCGCCGAGAGGAAGAAGAGUAUUUCAGGCAAUCCUCUGCGCAAACUACCCCAGCGUUCUUCCCUCUGGAGGAGCUGCUCGGUCUCCGCCCCUCCCGUUCUCUGCAGCCCGAGGUGAAUGCCUCGCGCAGAGCUCGUACGAUGUCUCCGGGUGACCGCAAUCGCUCACCGCAUCCUACUACGCCUCAAGCACAGCGAUCGCAGGGCAAGACCCCUGUCCCGCCCGCCACGCGCACCGAACGUGCGUCAUCGCGUCCACCAAGGGCCGAACCGCAAACACAUGGUCAACGCAUCCACAUCUCUUCGCCACAGUCAUCCCCCGCUCAGCCUCAGACGCAACCCCACACCCAGCAGCAGACUACACAUACGCCGCCUCCCCGCCGAUACGGCGCCAAGGAGACUGAGGCAGCGGCGAAGAUCCAAGCCUUCUGGCGGGCUCGCCACCGACGGCGCACAGCCCUCGAGUCCAUUGCCGCGCUCGCAGACACGUUCGAACGGCUCCGGGCGGGCUUCGUGCUCCCGCCAACGCUCGACUACACGCUACAUGGCACACACUUUGCGGUGCCCACGGCAGGCAGCGGGGGCACGGAUUGCGCACCGGACGACGAAGCAGGCGAGACGGGCGCCGUUGCGUCGCUCGCGUUCACGCCCACGAACGUAUCCGUGCAUGCGUACGAGGAGGAGCUCAGUCGCGUGCUCACGCGGCUCGACGACGUGUUGAGCGGUGGCGACGAGCGGGUGCGCCAGUGCCGCCGCGAGCUGGUGCGCAAGGUCGAGCGCGAGGCAGAGCGUAUCGAGAAGAUGAAGAAGCAGAUUUGGAGGGCAUUUGUGGAGAAGCAGAAAGGACUGGAGGAGGGGAUGCAGGAGGGGAUGCCGAUGGAUGAGGUGAUGGAUGAGAUGGAGACGUCCGAGAUUCCCGCUGAACCUGCUGCUGAUGUUCGGCCAUCACAACCUUUCGACUCGCUCGUUGAGGAGAUGCAACUCGACGCAAGUGUGCCGUCCGAGCCUCAAGAUGUCGACGUCGCCGCAGAGGAGCCGCUCCCCGACGAGUCAGCCGCCGAGAUGAAAGACGUCGACCUCGUCGACGGCGCAUCUCAGCAGCCUUCCGAACCCUCAGUUCAAGACGCUGAAGUCAUUCACAUGCCUCAACACAUCGAGAAGAUGGACGUCGAACACAUACCGUCCAACGACUUUGCUGAGCGGAUAGGCGCAGGCCAGCCCGGGAACGCCGAGCCUGCGGACGUCAUCCUUAACGACGCGGAGCGGCCUGCAAGCGUGGAGGAGGAGGAGGAGGAGGAGGAAGAGAAGCUCGGCGAGCACGUCGUGGUCGAGAUGUCCAACAACGGAAGCUCAGCGCAGCUGUUCCCGGCGCACUCCGACUCUGUGUCGAUCGUCAUUGAGGAGCCAGACCCCGACGCAGACGAGAACAUAGCUGAAUCCUCGGACAUCGCCGCGCCAGAUGCAAACGACAGCUCCAACGCGGAGCCCAUCGUAGAAUCGACAGAUUUCACGCAUACACCAUUCAACACCAGCGUCGUCGUGCCGGAGCCUGUGCCCGCGUCCGAGCCAAUGUCGUCGCCACCGGAGCUUGUUGAUAACGCGAGUGAGGCGGGCGACGCAGAUCACAUACUGCUGCACACGCCGCCUGCAACACUCGAGGAGCUGGCACACCGGCGCAAGGCGACGCCGAAGCCGCGGAUGAGCCCGGAGAAGCUACAGAUGCUUAGGCCGUUGGUCAGUCAGGAGUGGGACGAGUGGGACGAUUUCUUCUAG